AUCUCAAAUAAAACCAAAUUUAUAUACGUAUACUUUCCACUACCACGCUGACUCAUACUAUCAAUAUAUGCCCUUUCCUUACCUACUUUUCAUGCUAUAAAAACACACUCUCAUCUUGCAUUUCUAAAUCAAUCAAAUUAUCAAACUGAGAAAAAUAAACUGAGAAAACAAACUUACCCAACAAAAUGAUCAUUCCAGUUAGCAGCAUGCCGGAGACUUGGGGCGCCGUCGGGUCGGCCGUCGUCACCUUCAUCUUCUUCUGGGACAUGUUCCGGCGGUAUUGCCCGCCGGAGCUCCGGCGUUACCUCGAGAAAUGCACCUCGAGGCUGUCCGGAUUCUUGAACCCAUACAUCCAGAUUUCCAUCCAUGAGUACACCGGAAAUCAUCUGAGGCCGCACGAGGCCUACAGCAUCGUAGACGCGUACCUGAGCGUGAAUUCCACCGACGCCAAACGGCUCAAGGCCGAGAUGACGAAGGAGAACGAGAACAAGCUAAUGCUGAGCAUGGAUGAGUAUGAGAAGACGACGGAUGAGUUCAACGGAGUCCAGGUGAAAUGGAUCUCAGGAAAGGUCUCGCCUCCUCCGCGGGCCGGGGGGGUUUCAUACUACCCGGAGCCGGACCGGAGGUACUACAAGCUCAAGUUUCACAAGUGCUACAAGAAGAUGAUGACGGAGGCAUACCUGGAGCAUGUCAUCAAGAGAGGGAGAGAGAUUCAGGCGAGGAACAGGCAGCGGAAGCUCUACACCAACGGCCACAGCAAAUCGUAUUGGAGCCAUAUCGUGUUCGAGCAUCCGGCCAAGUUCUCAACUCUGGCAAUGGAGCAGGAGAAAAAGGAGGAGAUCGUGGAGGAUCUGCUGACUUUCACAAAGAGUAAAGAUUACUAUGCAAGAAUAGGCAAGGCAUGGAAAAGGGGUUAUCUGCUGUAUGGCCCUCCCGGAACAGGGAAAUCUACGAUGAUCGCAGCAAUGGCUAACUUACUCGACUAUGACGUCUAUGAUCUUGAGCUUACAUCAGUGAAGGACAACACGGAGCUCAGGAAGCUUUUGACUGAGACAACGACUAAAUCAAUCAUCGUUAUAGAGGAUAUAGACUGCUCCCUCGAUUUAACAGGCCAGAGGAAGAAGAAAGAGGAGAAACCUGCAGACGAGAAGCCUGAAAAAGUCGAGAAAAGGAGUUCUCGUAAAGAGAAGGAAGAGAGUGGCAGCAAGGUCACUCUCUCAGGCCUGCUGAAUUUCAUAGACGGCCUGUGGUCUGCCUGUGCAGGGGAAAGAUUAAUCGUAUUCACAACAAACUACGUAGAUAAGCUCGACCCAGCUCUUACAAGAAGGGGUCGAAUGGACAAGCAUAUCGAGCUAUCUUACUGCAAAUAUGAAGGAUUUAAAGUACUCGCAAGGAAUUACCUGGAACUUGAAGCGCAUCCACUGUUCCAAUCAAUCGAGGAGCUGAUCCAGGAGGUCGAGAUAACACCAGCUGAUGUUGCUGAAAAUCUCAUGCCAAAAUCUGCAAAAGAAGGUCCAGAGCAAUGCCUUCGAAAUCUCAUAUGCAUUCUUGAAGAAACAAAGAACAGAAAAUGCAGAGAAGUUAAAGAUGCAGACACCAACGAUGAUGCAGCUGCUGCACAAGAAACACAUGCUAUGGAAAUCAGUAUGUAAUCGUAAACUGGUUCAAGAACGAAAUAGAGACACCAAGGACUCAUAAUUCGCCUGAGACAGUAAUUAUCCAUCUAGACAUAAGGCUUAAUCUCGAUACUCAACACAAUGGCAUCUCGGUUCCAAGCAGCUUCAUACUAUUAUGGAUGUUAAUCAGAGAAAUGUAACACUGAGCCAAGGAGUCUAAUAAAAAGCGAAUUCUUUUGUUGCAAA